CAUUUUUACAAUUUAAUUUCUGAUCUAGGGAAAUUACCUAGUGGAUAAACCCCUGCAACAUUGGCAACUAACAUUGACAGACACAUCGAUUGUUAGGUUAUUUACAAACAAACAAACGUCAAAAUGCAUGUAAACAUUUAAUUCGUCAAGUCAAAACGCGUGAAAUAUAACUGCCAAAACAUGAACUAUACAGGAAUCAUCGAUAAAAUCAAGGACAAAUAUCCUUGCUGCAUCGUCUGGACCCCAAUACCACUUUUAACAUGGCUCUUCCCAAUCAUCGGACACAUGGGCAUUGCGCUUUCCAACGGUGUGAUCAGAGACUUUGCAGGACCCUACUUCGUGUCGGAGGAUAACAUGGCUUUCGGCAGGCCCACAAAAUAUCUGCAGCUACGACCGACUCUGGCGAAAGGUGGUGUGGAAGGUUGGGAUGCGGCUGUUCAGAAAGCCUCCGACAUCUACAGUGAACGGAUGCACAAUCUUUGCAUUGACAAUUGCCAUUCGCACGUCGCGACCGCUUUGGAUCUUAUGCAGUACGAUGGAUCCAACAAUUGGAAUAUGGUUAAGUUGGCGCUGAUGUUGGCGUUCCAAGGAAAAUAUGUCAGUAUCAGGGGAUUCCUCAAGACUUGGCUCCCAUUUCUUAUACUUACACUUGUAAUUGUCCUGUGUGUGUUGGGUACUACAUAAAUAUACUUUGAAAAUUUAUUUAUUGAAAUUACAUGUAAAAAAACAACAACAUGAUAUAAAUAAUAUUUAUAAACAACAUUUUAGUAAAAUGUGUAUGGUGUAAAUAAUAAAUGUAAUUAAAAAACA